CUUUUUAAAUGGUGUGAUGCAGCAAGGAGGAGGAGGACGCACUGAUCAAAGGAGAACACGAAGGAGAAACCCAGCGAAUCCAGAAAUGUCUGUAAUAAUCACUCUUCUUGUGGUGUCCCUGGUUUCCGAGUGUUGGGCUGCUCCACAUAGGAGGAACUGGACUCCACAGGCGAUCUUAUACCUGAAAGGAGCACAGAGACACCGCUCAGUGCUGGAGCGCACCAGCAGAGGGGAAGGGGACACCUUCCAUUUAGUGACUCUCAAUCACAGCAGUGAUGGGCCCCGAUCAUCUUUGCCGUCGUUCAUUCUUCUGGAGCUCCUGCAGCGAGCUGUGGUGCAAGAUGGAGACAAUCCAGAGAAUUAUCCCGACUUUCAGGAGCUGAAUUAAUUUGAGAAGGUUAUCGGAGAGCAGCUUUUAUGAUUUUAUUGUAUUUAUAUAAUUUUACUACAAAUGACGUGUUACUGUUGUAAUUGAAUGUGCUGUAUGAAUAAAACCUCCUCUGCAAGCUAUUACAGUGUGGUAUGUUAUGUUAUAUGUGUGUGCUGUUCCUUAGUUUAGAUUUCAGUGUGACAAACGGAAAGCCUUUGCCUUUUAGUCGUUCUCGUCAAUGAACAAAUAAAGACGCCCCGGGCGACAAUUACGUUGUUCACUUAUUCACACCACGGAAUAAUUAACACCAUGCUGAACAGCAUUCAGGCAUACAUCAUCACACUGUCAGUGCCGGGGUCACAGAGAGAUGCACGUAAGGAUCAAUCGGAAGUAAGAAGCUCUAAACUAAAAUGCAUGUAAGGAUGGUGACAAUCAUAACUACUAUAGUUUUAGAAGUAGUUUAUCUGCUUAUAUGUUACAUGUGAAUCAACUCACCCAAAACUUGCAUGAAAGGAGAACAAAUAUUAUAUAUU